AGGACGGGGAUGAUUUAGGCUAUUAUGAAAGGAAGAUAGAGACAGAGUGAGGUAGAGAGAUCGUGUCGUGCACACGACAACAUCCUUAUUGCGUCGGGGGCUGCAGCUGUCUAAAGAGAGAGAGAAAAUCUCGUAACAUUAGAAAAGGCCAGUGGCCGUUAUUGACGCAGCGCGCGGCACCAGCAGCGUCACUGGAGGAGGCAGAGAGACGCGAGCACGUCCUCAUUCAAAGCUUAUUACAAAGGAGCUGCUAGGCCUCUGUCUCUUGUCUGGGUGUGGUUGCAGUAGGAGGAUGAGGAUUCUGUUGUGUCUGCUGUCUCUCAGCUCUCUGGCUCUGAGCUACGCAUUGGGUGGGGAUGUGUGUGUGUCGGGUCACGACAGUGGGCCUGUGUUUGAGGAGCAGCCGUCUAGUCUGAUUUACCCGGAGGGGAUGCCAGAAGGCAAGGUGACCCUGAGCUGCCAGGCUCGCGCCAGCCCUGCUGCUAUUUACCGGUGGCAUGUGAAUGGCACUGAAAUUGCAUUUGUCGAGGAUUCGCACUACAUGCAGGUCGCAGGUAACCUUGUGAUCAAUAACCCUCAGAAUGGGCGUGAUGGUGGGUCGUACCAGUGUCUUGCCAUCAACCGCUGUGGCACCAUUGUUAGCCGAGUGGCUAACCUCAAAUUUGGCUACCUCCAUGAUUUCCCCCCUGAGAGUAGAAGCCCUCAGACGGUCCAUGAAGGUGCAGGAACCUUUCUUGCCUGUCAGCCACCAACUCAUUACCCAGCUUUGUCCUACCGCUGGUUCAUCAACGAGUUCCCCAACUUCAUUCAGCCAGAGGGGGGCAGAUGGUUUGUUUCUCAGGUGACUGGUAACUUAUACCUUGCUAACGCAAGAGCCAACGACACGGGCAACUAUUUCUGCUUCACCACCAUCAACAUGGACAUCAGCACCAAGAGCAUCUUCAGUAAAGCUGUCCAGCUCACUGUUUACCCUGAUGCAAACCCAAGGAAAGCCGCUCCAAAUGUCCGAGUGCGUUUUCCUGCUGAGACGUAUGCAUUAUCGGGACAAACUGCACAGCUGGAAUGCUUUGCCUAUGGCAAUCCCAUUCCUAAAAUCCGCUGGAGGAAGGUGGAUGGGAUUUUACCACCAAAGGUCGGAGCAAGUGCAGAGGGACCCACACUGAUUAUUCCUGAACUGAAUUUUGAUGAUGAGGGCAUGUAUGAGUGUGAGGUUUACAACUCAGAGGGCCGUGAGACACAUCAGGGACGUGUCUCUGUGCAAGCCCAGCCUGAGUGGCUUCAGGUCAUGAGUGACUCUGAGGUGGAAAUCAGUUCGGAGCUGCAGUGGAGAUGUGCUGCUGCGGGCAAACCAAGACCCACCAUUCGCUGGCUCCGUAACGGACAGCCCCUCACCACACAGGACCGAGUGGAAGUGAAUAACGGGCGACUGAGGAUCAGUAACCUCGCCUUGGAGGAUUCCGGGAUGUAUCAGUGUGUGGCCGAAAACAAACACGGCACCGUUUACUCAAACGCUGAACUCAGAGUUCAAGUCCAGGCUCCAGACUUCAGGUUAAAUCCAGUGCGGAAGCUUGUUCCUGCUGCCCGUGGCGGACAGGUGAAAAUGGAGUGUAAACCUCGAGCGGCUCCUAAACCCACUCUCUUCUGGAGCCGUGGCACAGAGCUACUGACUAAUAGCACCAGGAUAACAUUCACUCCAGAUGGGGUUCUGUGGAUCUACAAUAUCAGUCGUGCCGAUGAGGGAAAGUACACCUGCUUUGCAGAAAACUAUCUUGGCAAAGCCAACAGCACAGGACACCUGUCUGUCAGAGAUGCCACAAAAAUCACAUUAGCACCCUCUAAUGCUGACAUCAAUCAGGGUGAUAAUGCCACUCUGCAGUGCCAUGCGUCACAUGACCCUACUAUGGAUCUCACCUUCACCUGGUCCCUCAAUGGAGUUCUGCUGGACCUAGAGGAACCAAAUGGACACUAUCGGCGUAUGGAGGGGAAAGAGACGAUUGGUGACCUGUUGAUAGUGAAUGGACAGCUCAGUCACGCUGGCACAUACACCUGCAUGGCCCAGACGGUGGUGGACAGUGCUGUGGCCUCGGCCAAGCUGGUCGUGAGGGGCCCACCAGGACCUCCUGGAGGUUUAGUGGUGACUAGUGUCAAUGACACAUCUGUUGAGCUGAGAUGGAGCCGUGGAUAUGACAACCACAGUCCCAUUGGCAAGUAUGUCAUCCUGGGCCGAUCCUCACAGACUCACGACUGGAAGAGGAUGAGAACAGACCCUGCAAACAUAGAAGGAAAUGCUGAGUCUGCACGUAUGAUAGAUCUUCGACCAUGGAUGGAUUAUGAAUUCCAGGUCAUUGCCAGCAACAUUUUGGGUAGUGGAGAACCAAGCAUGCCCUCCCAGCCUGUCCGAACCAAACAAGCAGCACCCACUGUGGCUCCCAGUGGACUUAGUGGAGGUGGAGGAAACCGUAAUGAACUUAUCAUUACAUGGACUCCCAUGGCCAGGGAGUAUCAGAAUGGAGAUGGCUUUGGUUAUAUCCUGGCAUUCAGAAAGCAAGGCAUGCCAACAUGGAUGGUGGUGAGGGUGCCACACGUGGAGUCAUCACGAUAUGUCUACAGUAAUGAGAGUCUGUCAGCCUACUGCCCUUUUGAGGUCAGAAUCAAGGCCUACAAUAAGAAAGGAGAAGGUCCCUUCAGCCAGAUUGCUGUGGUACAUUCUGCAGAAGAGGAACCUACUAUAUCCCCAAGAAGGAUUAAUGCCACGGCUCUGACAGCUUUUGAGAUUCAGGUGUCCUGGGACCCCAUUCAACAUCUGAACAUUAAUGGAGUUCUUCGGGGUUAUGAGAUUCGUUAUUGGCGACAACAUGAACGUGAAGCUGCUGCGGACCGAGUGAGAACAGCAGGGCUGGAGAACACGGCACGAGUCACGGGUCUGAGGCCUAACACUCUCUAUCACGUCACUGUAUUGGCCUACAACAGUGCAGGCACUGGCCCACCCUCCCCAAGAACAACUGUCGUCACCAAGAAACCUCCCCCCAACCGUCCUCCAGGUAAUGUCUCAUGGAAGGCUGUUGGUUCUUGGGUUACUGUGAGGUGGGAUCAUGUUAAAUCCAUGGACAAUGAGUCUGCCGUUCUGGGUUACAAAGUCCUUUACAAGCAUGAAGGGCAGUCUUCCUUGAAGGUACUGGAGAAAAGCAAGAACUCCAUCACUCUGCCGUUACCCAAGGACAAUGGUUAUGUGGUUCUGGAAAUCCGCUCUUGGGGAGAUGGAGGAGACGGACCAGCCCAUGAGGCAAUAGUGUCUCAAGAUUCAGGCACUGGAAUGAUGGUCCAGAACAGUUCUGGCACUUCUGAGUCCCUCUGCACAUCUGUUCUGCUGUUCACUGUACUCGUUCUCACUGGCUCGUCUGGACUGUGAUGUUAGCCAGUGAUGAGGCAUUUCUUAUUAAUAUCAAAGAGAAUUGAGCAGGUUUUCCUCAGAAGGGGCAGGGCUGUGGGUUGGGGGUUUUUUGAUGAAGGAUGUUGGAAUGGUUGCGUGGGGUGUAAAGUUUUAGAAGUGUGAGGAGUGGAAGGUUCUUUUGUAUAAAAAGGCUUUUUUACAAGGAUGACUGGACAGAGAGUCGUUGAGGGAGACUUUUUUUAUUGUUAUAAUUUUAGAUGCUUGCCUUAGACGCUCAGAAACUUGAGCGGUGAUCAUGUCAGCAUUUGGUUGUAGUUUCUAAAAUUCAACAACAGCUCUGACUCGUUGAUUUCUUGUAUUGGUGACAUUUCCAUACUGGAUGAAACAAAACUUUUUUUAAUAUUUUUGUUGCUACUUCAUGGCAGCAUGUGGACUGCAAAAUGAUCCAAAUGAAUGUUUACCUUUUUUAUUUGAUCUUUAUUUUUUUGUGUGUCAGUGUAAUUAGAAGCAGGAGUGCAUCAGGAUUUUUAUUAACAGGGUUUUGUAUCUGUGUUGAAUGAUUGUAGCAUUCUGCCUCCCUCAGUGUUCUAGUUUUUAAAGCUGAAAGGUCUCACGAAAGCAAUGGUACAACAGAACCUGAUUCUCGUGUGGUUGUUAAAGUGGGCUUGGCUUGCCAAAGUUAUCACUCUGUUAUCUCAUUGUUAUUACUUUGCCUUUUUCCCGAAGGAUUACAUAAAAUUGACGUCCAUGGGUUGUUAAUUUCUUUCUUGGCACACUGCAAGAGUGAGACACUGAACAUUGAACAAUGCUGAAGAUAACAUUCGUGGACAAACAAGUUAAUUAUUAUCCUAUUAUAUUAUUAUCCUAUAAUACCAUUUAUUACAAGGUAUUGUUUUCUUCCAAGGUCUUGGCCCUGUAUGGCUCAAUCUUUGGAGACAGUUCCUAGUAGUGGUCACCUUACCAUAUUUUAAGUGUUUAUUUUAAGUGACAACGUCCAUUUGGCUAAAAGAAUUUGGAGACAUGUUUUGGUUGGCUAACAUUAGAUUGUGAGCAGGGUUGCCAGGUUUUCACAACAAACCUGCCCAAUUGCUACUCAAAACUAGCCCAAUAGCAUUUUGAGGGGGUCCCCCAUUAAAAAUCGUGUUCCGGGGUGUAAAAUACACAUUUUUUUGGCAAAGUUUCCCUGGUAAAAUUCAUUGCAGGGACUAAAUAUCACGUUAUUGGGGUCGCCUUAACCUGUGGACAUGAAAAACAACCUGCGGUAACAGUAUUAAAGUAGCCUAAUUCCGCAGGAAAACCGCAGACUUGGCAACACUGAUUGUGAUGUUCUUAGUGACGAUUCUGGGGCUCUCGGGUCACUCUGCAAGUUUGGAGGCCCUUAACAGGUCCCAGGACACUUGUCCGGUCCAAAAUCCAGCUCAACCUAAACCUGCCAUUUGUUGUUUAAAAACCUUAAAAAGAUUUUUUUUAAAACUGUUAUGUUUUCCUUUUUAUUUAUUAAUGAGGACAAAACUAAAGAUUCCAGAGAUCCUCUGCUGUGCUUUUUAGAUAUGUCUUUCAAUACUAUGGCAUCAACUACUGAAGUACAAACUGAAACUGGAAUGAAAUCAUUUUGAUGUGCACAAUGCGUCAAAAUUCAGUCUGUAGCUUGUACUUUCAGAUCAAAAAGGUACAAUGAAACUGUUUGAAUGUUGUAUAUAUUUCUUUCCUUCUCCCUGCAUUGAUUUUCAUUAGUGCCUGUUCAAUGGGAUGAUUUCCUUAAAAUUAUUCAUUUUUUUCUAUUUAAUAUAUUUAAUUUUCUAUUUAACAGUUUUCAUCAAGUUCUGACUGUAAAUGUAGUAAUUUCUUCGUGUGAGGGGUGCUUCAUUGUUUGAGCUCCUUCAUUUUGCUUUUUACAUCUUCUCUAACACCUUGUUGAUCAUUCAAAUCAAGCAAUUUCAUAUUUUGUCCAUUCACUGUAAAUUACAAAUCAUGAUCACUCAGUGACAUUUAAAACAGUUUUAGCCAAAAACACAUAACAGCAUCAUCAGUAGCUCUAGUCCCACACCCUGGUAGCAUUCAAGUAAAUGUUACACUUUUCAAAUGUAGAAGCACUCAAGUUAGGACUAUAAAACCAUGUACAAUUUCACAGCUUUCAUUUCUCGUAUCGUUUAAUUCGUAAAUCAUUCUGCUGUGUUUCACGUUGUGUAAGUUUGCCCUCUUGUGUUCAAUCUGGGCUUCGUCAGUCACAACUCAACAUUAAUAGCCGCUAACAACUUUUCAAAGUGGCUGUAUUUACGCUUGCAGGAGUCGAAUGGCACGCUAGUAGUUUCACUCUGAAGGUCACUCAGGUUGUGAUGUCAAGUUGUCUCUUUGAACUACCAUGUACCCCAGUUGUUGUAAAGGUUGAGCCUGUCCACUGUGGACUGAAUGUGAAUAAUACAGCACUUGUAAAUAUUCUUCAAUAAAAAACAUUU